AUGGCCUCCAUCGCAUCUCGUUCUGCCCAAGCUCUCCGUGCUGUUUCCCGCAGUGCUGCCUCCAAGGUAGCGACGAAGCCUGUCCAAGCCGCUUCGUACUCCCUCCUUGCACGCUCUGCGGUUGCAAACAGCUCAAGGCAGCCAGCUUUCCAGACUGUUCGUGGAAUCAAAACCCUCGACUUCGCUGGCACAAAGGAAGUUGUCUACGAGCGCAGCGACUGGCCAUUGGCUAAACUCCAGGACUAUUUCAAGAACGACACUCUCGCUCUCAUCGGUUAUGGUUCUCAGGGCCACGGUCAGGGAUUGAAUGCUCGUGACAAUGGGGUCAACGUCAUCGUCGGUGUUCGCAAGGAUGGCGAGAGUUGGAGACAGGCCAUAGAAGACGGCUGGGUGCCAGGAGAGACCCUCUUCCCCAUCGAAGAAGCCAUCAACCGCGGCACCAUCAUUAUGAACCUCCUAUCCGACGCGGCUCAAUCACAAACGUGGCCUACCAUUGCUCCUCUCAUUACCAAGGGCAAGACCUUGUACUUCUCGCACGGUUUCUCUGUUGUGUACAAGGAGGACACCCAUGUCAUCCCUCCCACUGAUGUCGAUGUCAUCCUUGUUGCUCCCAAGGGUUCUGGCCGUACCGUCCGAACCCUCUUCAAGGAGGGUCGCGGCAUCAACUCCAGUGUCGCGGUCUUCCAAGACGUUACUGGUAAGGCGAAAGAGAAGGCCAUCGCCAUCGGUGUUGCCGUCGGUUCCGGAUACAUGUACGAGACUACCUUCGAGAAGGAAGUUUACUCGGACUUGUUCGGUGAACGUGGUGUCUUGAUGGGUGCCAUCCAGGGUCUUUUCCUUGCUCAGUACAAGGUUCUCCGUGCCAAUGGCCACACCCCGUCGGAAGCCUUCAACGAGACUGUUGAGGAAGCCACUCAAUCCCUCUAUCCUCUGAUCGGACAGAAAGGUAUGGACUACAUGUACAACGCAUGUUCGACCACCGCUCGUCGUGGUGCUCUCGACUGGGCACCCAUCUUCGAGAAGGCCAACGCACCAGUAUUCGAGCAGCUCUACCAGAGCGUAAGAAAUGGCACGGAGACCCGCAAAUCUCUUGAAUUCAAUGGUCGUUCGACGUAUCGUGUAGACCUCGCUAAGGAGCUCAAGGAGAUCGAUGACCAAGAAAUCUGGAGAGCUGGCAAGGUUGUCCGCUCAUUGCGCCCCGACUACAAGGCUGAUUAGAUCAGUGGAGUUGCCUAUCUUUCAUACCCAUCUAUCCCGCAAAAGCACUUGGUGCAAAAUGUGUUGAGCAGGGUGCCUCAUGUAUUAAUGAGGUUGUCGAGUCUUUGUCGUCGUUUCCCGCCCAUCACUGUACUUUAUAUACGUUGGAUACGUCUUGUUUAAUGCUACAUCGAUGAUUUGAACACGAAUAUUGCAU